GAAGAGGCGGGCACAGCUGCGGCCAUGCAGGUCUCCAGCCUCAACGAGGUGAAGAUCUACAGCCUGAGCGCCGGCAGGAGCCUCCCAGAGUGGCUCUCUGACAGGAAGAAAAGAGCUUUACAGAAGAAAGAUGUGGAUAUCCGUAGAAGAAUUGAACUUAUUCAAGACUUUGAAAUGCCCACAGUUAGCACAAAGAUUAAGGUAUCGAGAGAUGGACAGUAUAUUAUGGCAGUUGGAACUUACAAGCCCAGGGUCCGCUGUUUUGAUACCUUUCAGUUAUCCCAGAAAUUUGAAAGAUGCUUAGAUUCAGAAGUGGUUACGUUUGAGAUAUUAUCAGAUGAUUACUCAAAGAUUGUCUUCUUGCAGUGUGGCAGAUUUGUGGAGUUUCAUUCACAACAUGGCCAUUACUACAAGACAAGAAUACCAAAAUUUGGUAGAGAUUUCUCUUACCACUACCCAUCGUGUGACCUGUAUUUCGUAGGAGCAAGUUCUGAAGUUUACAGGCUAAAUCUGGAACAAGGAAGAUUUCUGAACUCCCUGCAAACUGAAGCUUCGGAGAGUAAUGUCUGUGACAUAAAUCCUGUACACUUCUUGUUUGCUAUGGGGACGGCUGAGGGUAAAGUGGAAUGCUGGGAUCCUAGAACUAGAAAUCGAGUUGGGCUGUUGGACUGUGCUUUAAGCAGUGUGACAGCAGACACAGAGAUAGAAGGUUUGCCAUCCAUUUCAGCACUGAAAUUUGAUGGGGCUUUGAAUAUGGCUGUUGGAACAUCUACUGGGCAGGUCCUAUUGUAUGAUCUCCGGUCUAGUAAUCCAUUAAUAGUCAAAGAUCACCACUAUGGCCUGCCUAUUAAAUCAAUUCAGUUUCAGCAUCAGUUGGAUUUAAUUAUCUCUGCGGAUUCUCGAAUCAUAAAAAUGUGGAACAAAGAUACAGGGAAGAUAUUUACUUCAAUGGAGCCAGAACAUGAUAUAAAUGAUGUCUGCCUUUAUCCAAAUUCGGGAAUGCUAAUGACUGCCAAUGAAGCCCCUAAAAUGAAUAUCUAUUAUAUACCAGUUUUAGGACCUGCCCCAAAAUGGUGUUCCUUCUUGGACAACUUGACUGAAGAACUGGAAGAGAAUCCAGAAAGCACUGUUUAUGAUGAUUACAAAUUUGUUACCAGAAAAGACCUUGAAAAUUUAGGCCUUGCUCAUCUCAUUGGAUCAUCAUUGCUCAGAGCAUAUAUGCAUGGCUUCUUCAUGGACAUAAGACUUUAUCAUAAGGCAAAAACGAUGGCCAACCCCUUUGCCUAUGAAGAAUAUAGAAGAGAGAAAAUAAGGCAGAAGAUAGAAGAAACACGUGCACAGAGAGUUCAACUGAAGAAACUCCCAAAAGUUAAUAAAGAACUUGCACUCAAACUGAUUGAAGAAGAAGGAGAAGAGCAACAGUUUAGUAAAAAAAGGAAACAAAAGAAUCUGCCCAGCCUUCUCAAAGAUGAUCGUUUUAAGGUCAUGUUUGAGAAUCCAGAUUUCCAGGUGGAUGAGCAGAGUGAAGAAUUUAGGCUACUUAAUCCACUUGUUUCUAAAAUAAGUGAGAAAAGAAAGAGGAAGCUAAAGAUCUUAGAAGAACUGGAAGCACAAGGACAGGAAGAGGAGGAAGAACCAGAAGGAAAAGCAAGUGAUGCAGAAAGUUCUGAGAGUUCAGAUGAUGAAAAAGGCUGGGUUGAAGAGGUCAGGAAACAGCGCAAGCUUUUACGCCAAGAGGAAAAACUAAAGCGGCAGGAAAGGCUCAAGGAGGAUCAGCAAACAUUACUAAAACCUCAGUUUUUUGAGAUUAAAGAAGGAGAGGAAUUCAGAAGCUUCAAAGACUCUGCCAAAAAACAAAAAUUAAUGAAGAAAACUCUUGAAGAUCGUUUAAAGCUUGAAGAAAAACUUGGCACACUCAAUGUGUCUGAUACCACAGUAGGCAGCAAACAGGCAACAUUCAAAUUAAAGAAGUCAGAGCAGCAAAGGAAACAGCAGGAAGCUGAGAAACUACAUCGUCAAGAGAGGAAGACUCUUCGGCGUUCUGCCAGUCAUCUCAAGAGUAGACGUGGAAGAGGACGACUAUUUCAUUGAUUUAUAUUAUUUUUUUUAAGAAAAUUCUUACCUCAUUUUUCAUUUGAAAAAGGGGCUGUUUCAAAUUGGGACACCGUACCAAUGGAUUUGUAUUUUGAUUCAUUGUUGAACACGAAACCAGAACUUCUUAAACUUUAUGUUAAUUAUUGAAAAGUUUAUGAAAGUUAAAGUACUGACCAAAGGACACUGAAUAUGGUCCAUUGUGAACCAAUUGUAUUUGUUCAGAAAUCACCAGCAACUGGUUAUUGUGUAACCCUGGAUGUUUUCUGUAUAAGAAUUCCUGUAUACAAUGAGGCUGCUUGUCUUUUAUUUAACUUAAGAGCUGUUAGUUUCAGUUUUUGAAAUCUUUGUGACUGCUUAGAUAAAAGAUCAAGAGUAAGUUAUUUUGUCUGAAAGGCUUAUCUUUACAAGGGUGCAACAAAUUUUUCUGGUUUCUGAAGGAUGACACACAGUUGUAUUUUUCAAAAACUGACUUUGGCUUUAUAUUCUUGGGUUGCCUUUAGUAGCAAAUGGUUGUCAAGAGGACAGUUGAGAAUUCCUGAUUUGUGUUCCUCUGAGUCUUUCUGUAAGGAUGCCACACCAGUGUACAAAGUGUACAGAAGGGUCCUAUUAAUUUAGAUUUAGUGAAUAUAAAACCUGAUCCUGAUGUUUCUGUUUUGGAAAGCCAGCCAUGGUUCAACAUAGAUCAAGUGGCAUACGUUCAUGUAACAAGCACUUCUAGGCCAUGCCAGUAGUCUCCUAUGCUUCAAAAAAAAGUGUUUAGUUAAAAAAGUUAAAAAAAUCCUUGAACCUAAGUAGGUCACUGUUUAGCAAAUAAAUUAAAUUUUUACCUUUGAUCCUAAGGGAACCUUUUUAUUGCUUUUCAAAAGCCUUUAUAAAUUGCCUUUUUGUAGAUAAAAAAGCCUGAACUUUGGAUCCAACAAGAAUCAGUGAAUCUCCCUAUCACUGUAAAUGUUUUUGAGAGGCUCAUAGGUUCUUAAGUGUUUUGCUUUAUAAACCAGGGAGGUAUUAAUAUGGUCAGGUGUCUUGGACAGUAUUUAUAGAAUCUUUGCAAUUACCUCAGUAAAAGCCUUGGUUUCUUAUAUCCUCAUAUUUUUUGAUUUUGUUGGUAGAUGAUAGAAAAAUUAGCCACAUGGAUAAUUUUUUUUUCUUCCUGACUUAAUUUUACUGCUUUAAUUCCUUCUGGUUUUAACUGUAUUGAUGCCUUUAGUUUAAAAAGGCCCUUUCACCUGCUAUUAUCUUAAAAAAUUUCCAUUGUAGUCAUCACCUCUGCCCUUGCAUUCAACUAAAGGAUGAGUCUCUCAAUACCUAGUUUUUUACCUCUAGCUGUCAAAUUUCUGCAUUGUCCAUAAGCUUCUCAUGCUUUUUAUUUAGCACAGAACUAUUCAGUAUUCCAAUGUCAGUCUCACCAUGCUGUAAGUACCAUUAUUACUUCUCCUUAGGCACUGAGAAAAUGUGAAUGCAGUUGUGGUUGCUUUGGGGUUUGUCCCUCUUUUUGGAGUCUUGACUUUUGAUAUUCACGACUUCGAAGUCCAAAUGCAGUGGCAAGUUAAAAUUUGUACUACUGCAACAUCUUCCCCCUAGAGCAUUAUGCUAUCUCUGAAACUAUCUGUGUGCAAUUCUGAUGUGCUUACAUCAUAGUUGGGGCUAUAGCAAUGUGGAAAGGUUAACAGUGGAAACUGGCCUCCAUCAUGGUUGGUACAGGGAGAGUUGGGGACUGAGUGGACAGAACUGGCAUUGUAAGAGCAGGUAUUUGGCAGAGUUUGCUCCUUCUUGUGGUGGGCCUAAAUCCCAUUAUAUUUGAUCUAGAGCUGCAUUUAUGGUUGAAGGCAUCUGUAUUUCAGCAACGAUUCUGUGGGCUGUCAAGAGCAGUAAAAAACCAAAUGUGGUUUGUAGCAACGUGCUACGUUGAGGUCCCCAAGGCUGCCUGCACACUCGGGUCUGGGGCAGGAGACUAUUAGAAAGCUACUGGGAAAACGAUAUCGGGACAGGUUCUUGUUUGGGUAUCCAAAAGCUUUUAUUGCCUCAAAUGGGGUCCAAGGACAAGAACAAAAACAGCUGAGGGUCCAGGCUUAUAUAGAGGGUAAGAGGGGGCGGUUCAGAGGGCUAGGAUCCAAUGGGAGUAGGGCAAAGUGGUGCAUAGGAGGGGUUAGGGACAGGGACAACCAUUGGGAAUUGGCAAGGCGGGGCAAUGCACCAAAGCAGGGCCAAUAGGGGUUCAAG